UCAAUUGACUCUACCAAGCAUGGAUGGCGGCAGAAGCAUGUGCGUGCGAAUGCAGCCUCCCACUCUCAACUCGUCCUCGUCCUCGCCAUCGCCCCGCAAUAUGUGGCGCAAGCAAGCGCACACGCACACACACAAGGCCCGGGCGUCUGCAGCAAGGUGAAGCCAAAAUGCGGAAACCACCCAGGCAGAGUAUUUCGAUAUGAGGCUAUACAUUCGCUCAUGUCCCCGGGGUCGCUGGUGUAAGGCUGGCCCACUGCCAUCACGACAAUGGAAGUGCGGUGGUAUACGACAUGCAAGCAACGACACCAACAACGACAACAACAACAACAACAACAACAACAACAACAACAACAACACCCCUCCAUGGCGGUCCUCCAACGUCCUCGACGAAUGGGUGCAGCGUGAAGCACGACCCAUCAGUCUGCGCCAACUCACCUUCUUCGGCCGCACCCUGACCGAAAGCCGGCUGCUCGACUCGGCCAACUAUGUCCGCCUCGAGCUACCCACCCGCAUCGCGCACCGCCUGCGCAACAUGCAGACCCUGCCCUACUCCGCCCUGAGCAACCCGCACAUCAAGCACGUCUACGAACUCUACUACCACGCCUUUGAACUCCUGCGCAAAGUCUCCCACAUCGCCACGCUGCGGGACAACGACCGAUUUUGCGAUGUGCUCAAGAUGUGCCUCAAGGACCAUCUCUCGGUCAUCCCUCGCUUGGCGCAAGGCAUUCUCGAGAUCCAGGACUCAGUCUCGGCAGACGAAUGUGAUCGCUUCAUGACAACCUUACUCCGCUCCCGCAUCAGUCGUCGAGUAAUCGCCGAGCAGCACCUAGCACUCACAGAAACCUUCCACUCCCCCUGGCACUUCCCCGGCAAAAAGUCCAGCGUGUCCCCCGAAGACGACUUCGUCGGCGAAAUCUUCCUCAAAUGCAACGCCAAAGAAGUCGUGGAGAAAUGCGCGGCGCGCGCCACCGAGCUGACGGCAAGAGCCUACGGCCGCCACGUCACAAUCCCAAAGGUAGUCCUGCAGGGCCACCUCGACACCACCUUCCCCUACACCCCCUCCCAUCUCCAGUACAUCAUCGGCGAACUACUGCGCAACAGCAUCCAAGCCGUCGUCGAGCAAGUCGGCUCCUCCAAUCCGCCACCAAUCGAAGUCCUCAUCUGCGAAGCAGCGCAGCACGUCAUCCUCCGCAUCUCCGACCGCGGCGGCGGCGUCGACCGAGACAUCCUGCCGUACAUCUGGAGUUUCGCCAAGGGCCCGCGUCGGAGCAGGCGCCUGCAUAAUUUGGGGAAAGUGCCGCGUUUGGCAGGCACGAUGGAGGAGUUGCAGUUGCCGCCUUCGCACCCGGAUAGUGUUGAGGAAGGUUCCUCGGGUGAGAAGUUUGGGUCGUCGUUGGCUACGCUUUCCAGUCGCCCGCCGGACUUGCGCUUGGGGAUGGGACUGCCGAUGAGUCGCAUUUAUGCCGAGUAUUGGGCGGGAAGCCUCGAGUUGCAUAGUUUGGAGGGGUAUGGGUGUGAUGUUUUCUUGCAUCUGAGUCGGCUGGGAAACAAGAAUGAAGUGUUGAGUACGAGGGCGAGUAUGGAUGCUGUCUAGCAACUGCCACUAUCCCGCUUACCAUUUGCUCGACGGACAUCUUGACGUGGGUAAACCCGAGAGCAUUUUGAUCCGUCAUGGACACCCGAGAAGCCCUCCUCGACAGACUCAACAUCCACGUCUACGGCGCCUGCGUGCCCCAACGAGACUCACCGCUGGAAUGCUACAUCCCCCUCCACCAAUCCUACCGCGGUCCCAUCACCGAUCCCUCAGCAGA